AUGAAAUAUGAUAUUUCAAACUCCAAUCUGAACACUAAAUUUAGUUUGAAAGUAUACCGUUGUCAAUUAUUUAAAACUGAAGACGACAGUUGUUGUUGUUCAUGUAACUCAGAUGCAAUGUUUGAAGUUAUGAAAAGUUUAUAUGAUUGUUAUAAAAAAAAAGAUUGUGAUAAUUGUAAUUGCAUUCUUUGCGGUCAUUUACCGCGAGAAGAACGAAAACUAGGAGAGUUACGAAAAUCGGGUGUUCAGAUUGCAGUCGAAGACAAAAAAAAACUACUAAAAAGUAAAAGUCUGUCUUACUUAGGAAAAAGUUUAGCAGAAAAAGAAAAGGCACUUAAGGAUAUUGCUCUUGCUGGUAGGCCUUUGCCAAAAGGAAAAACAAAGUCGGAUAAAGAUCUCAUAAUGAAAGUUCGUAGGGAUCUUGGCCUGCCCCCAGAAACUACAAAUGCAUCUGACAGUGAAAAAUAUAAAAAAGCUUACAAGGCUGGCAUAAUUAUACCUUUGAACGGCAAGACUCUACCUGAAAAGGAAGAGAUAUUGACAAAAUUAGCCGAAAAUGGAAUUCCCCUCCCAGAAGGCCGAACGACUUCUGAAAAGGCCUUAAUAGAAAAAAUCAGAGCAAAUCAAGGCAUACCAUUCCCAGAGGCAAAAACUCCAUCUGAUCAGAAACUCAUGAACGAAGUUCGAGAAGAAGCCGGUCAGAAACUAACAGGAUUAAUAACUCCUCUUGACGGUAAAUCAAAGGAACAAAAGAAAGCGAUAUUAAUAGAGUUGGCCAAGAAAGGUUUGCCAUUACCACAGGCAAAAAGUGCUUCUGAUCAAGAGAUUAUGGACAAAGUUCGUAUGGAUAUUGGUCUACCAUCUGAACCAAAAACAGCUAUUGAAAAAGAUAACUACAACAGAGCAAUGGCUGCUGGUAUCAUAAUUCCACUAAAUGGAAAGACACCUUCUGAAAAGGAAAAGAUUCUUAGAGAACAAGCGAAAAUGGGCUUACAAUUACCCGAAGGACGUACGCCUUCUGAAAAAGCUCUUAUAUCUAAAAUCAAAACAACAACUCCUCUCAAAGCGUUACCGAAAGAACAAAAGGAAAAGAUAUUAAAAGAUUUAGCAAAGCAAGCAACAACUCCUCUCAAAGGGUUAACAAAAGAACAAAAGGAAAAUAUAUUAAAAGACUUAGCAAAGCAAGGUUUACCAUUACCAGAAGCAAAAAGUGCUUCUGAACAAAAGUUUAUGGACAAAGUUCGAGCUCAACUUGGUCUUCCUCCUGAACCAAAAGAUGAAACUUCUAAAAAAAUAUAUAACAAAGCCUUGGCAGACGGUAUCAUAAUUCCACUAAAUGGAAAGACACCUUCUGAAAAAGAGAAGAUUCUUAAAGAACAAGCCAAAAUGGGCUUACAAUUACCCGAAGGACGUACGCCUUCAGAAAAGGCUCUUAUAUCUAAAAUCAAAACAACAACUCCUCUUAAAGGGUUACCAAAAGAACAAAAGGAAAAGAUAUUAAAAGAUUUAGCAAAACAAGGUUUACCAUUACCAGAGGCACAAAGUGCUUCUGAACAAAAGCUUAUGGACCAAGUUCGAGCUGAACUUGGUCUUCCUCCUGAACCAAAAGAUGAAACGUCUAAAACAAAAUAUGACAAAGCCUUGGCGGACGGUAUCAUAAUUCCACUAAAUGGAAAAACACCUGAACAAAAGGAAAGGAUACUAAAAGAUUUAGUAAAGGAAGGUUUACCACUGCCAGAGGCAAAAAGUGCUUCUGAAAAAAAGCUAAUGGAUAAAAUUCGAGCUGAACUUGGUCUUCCUCCUGAACCAAAAGAUGAAUCGUCUAAAAAAGUAUAUGAAAAGGCCUUGGCAGAUGGUAUCAUCAUUCCACUGAAUGGAAAGACACCUUCUCAAAAGGAGAAGAUUCUUAGACAACAAGCUAAAAUGGGCUUACAAUUACCCGAAGGACGUACGCCUUCAGAAAAGGCUCUAAUAACUAAAAUCAAAGCAACAACUCCUCUCAAAGGAAUACCCAAAGAACAAAAGGAAAGGAUGCUAAAAGAUUUAGCAAAGGAAGGGUUACAACUGCCAGAGGCAAAAAGUGCUUCUGAAAAAGAGCUUAUAGACAAAGUUAGAGCUGAACUAGGUCUUCCUCCUGAACCAAAAGAUAAAUCAUCUAAAAAAAUAUAUGACAAAGCUUUGGCAGCCGGUAUCAUCAUUCCACUAAAUGGAAAGACACCUUCUGAAAAGGAGGAGAUUCUUAGAGAACAAGCCAAAAUGGGCUUACAAUUACCCGAAGGACGUACGCCUUCAGAAAAGGCUCUUAUAUCUAAAAUCAAAACAACAACUCCUCUUAAAGGGUUAACGAAAGAACAAAAGGAAAAUAUAUUAAAAGAUAUAGCAAAGCAAGGUAUACCACUACCAGAGGCUCAAAGUGCUUCUGAACAAAAGCUUAUGGACCAAGUUCGAGCUGAACUUGGUCUUCCUCCUGAACCAAGGGAUGAAACGUCUAAAACAAAAUAUGACAAAGCCUUGGCGGACGGUAUCAUAAUUCCACUAAAUGGAAAAACACCUGCUGAAAAGGAGAAAAUUCUUAGAGAACAAGCCAAAAUGGGCUUACAAUUACCCAAAGGGCGUACGCCUUCAGAAAAGGCUCUUAUAUCUAAAAUCAAAGCAACAACUCCUCUCAAAGGGUUACCGAAAGAACAAAAGGAAAGGAUACUAAAAGAUUUAGCAAAGGAAGGUUUACCACUGCCAGAGGCGAAAAGUGCUUCUGAACAAGAACUUAUGGACAAAGUUCGAGCUGAACUUGGGCUUCCUCCUGAACCGAAAGAUAAAUCGUCUAAAAAACUAUAUGACAAAGCCUUGGCAGCUGGUAUCAUAAUUCCUCUAAAAGGAAAAACACCUUCUCAAAAGGAGGAGAUUCUCAGAGAACAAGCCAAAAUGGGCUUACAAUUACCCAAAGGACGUACGCCUUCAGAAAAGGCUCUCGUAUCUAAAAUCAAAGCAACAACUCCUCUCAAAGGAGAACAAGCUCAAAUGGGCUUACAAUUACCCAAAGGACGUACGCCUUCAGAAAAGGCUCUGAUAUCUAAAAUUAAAGCAACAACUCCUCUCAAAGGGUUACCGAAAGAGCAAAAGGAAAAUAUAUUAAAAGAUUUAGCAAAGCAAGGUAUACCACUACCAGAGGCACAAAGUGCUUCUGAAAAAAAGCUUAUGGACCAAGUUCGAGCUAAACUUGGUCUUCCUCCUGAACCAAAAGAUGAAACGUCUAAAACAAUAUAUGACAAAGCCUUGGCAGACGGUAUCAUAAUUCCACUAAAUGGAAAGACACCUUCUCAAAAGGAAAAGAUUCUCAGAGAACAAGCCAAAAUGGGCUUACAAUUGCCCGAAGGACGUACGCCUUCAGAAAAGGCUCUUAUAUCUAAAAUCAAAGCAACAACUCCUCUCAAAGGGUUACCGAAAGAACAAAAGGAAAGGAUACUAAAAGAUUUAGCAAAUGAAGGUUUACCACUGCCAGAGGCGAAAAGUGCUUCUGAACAAGAACUUAUGGACAAAGUUCGAGCUGAACUUGGUCUUCCUCCUGAACCAAAAGAUAAAUCGUCUAAGAAAAUAUAUGACAAAGCCUUGGCAGACGGUAUCAUAAUUCCACUAAAUGGAAAGACACCUUCCCAAAAGGAAAAGAUUCUCAGAGAACAAGCCAAAAUGGGUUUACAAUUACCCGAAGGCCGUACGCCUUCAGAAAAGGCUCUUAUAUCUAAAAUCAAAACAACAACUCCUCUCAAAGGGUUACCUAAGGAACAAAAGGAAGGAAUACUAAAAGAUUUAGCAAAAGAAGGGUUACCACUGCCAGAGGCAAAAAGUACUUCUGAAAAAGAGCUUAUGGACAAAAUUCGAACUGAACUGGGUCUUCCUCCCGAACCAAAAGAUAAAUCAUCUAAAAAAAAAUAUGACAAAGCCUUGGCAGCCGGUAUCAUCAUUCCACUAAAUGGAAAGACAUCUUCUGAAAAGGAGGAGAUUCUUAGAGAACAAGCCAAAAUGGGCUUACAAUUACCCGAAGGACGUACGCCUUCUGAAAAGGCUCUGAUAUCUAAAAUUAAAGCAACAACUCCUCUCAAAGGGUUACCGAAAGAGCAAAAGGAAAGUAUAUUAAAAGAUUUAGCAAAGCAAGCAACAACUCCUCUCAAAGGGUUACCGAAAGAACAAAAGGAAAGGAUGCUCAAAGAUUUAGCAAAGCAAGGUUUACCACUACCAGAGGCAAAAAGUGCUUCAGAACAAAAACUUAUGGACCACGUUCGAGCUGAACUUGGUCUUCCUCCUGAACCGAAAGAUAAAUCGUCUAAAACAAUAUAUGACAAAGCCUUGGCAGAUGGUAUCAUAAUUCCAUUAAAUGGAAAGACACCUUCUCAAAAGGAGAAGAUUCUUAGAAAACAAGCUAAAAUGGGCUUACAAUUACCCGAAGGACGUACGCCUUCAGAAAAGGCUCUUAUAUUGAAAAUCAAAGCAGAAACUCCUCUCAAAGAACCAAAAGACAAAUCUUUAAAAGAAAAAUAUGACAGAGCUAUGUCUGCCGGUCUCAUUACUCCUCUUGAAGGAAAGAGCGACUCAAGAAAAGAAGAAAUACUUAGAGGGUUAGUGCAAAAAGGUGUACCACUACCCAGGGCAACAACUACUUCUGAACAAGAUGUUAUAGACAAAGUUCGAGCCGAAGUAGGUCUUCCUCCUGAACCAAAAGACAAACAGUCUAAAGAAAAAUAUGACAGAGCUAUGGCUGCUGGUCUUAUUACUCCUCUUGAAGGAAAGAGUGAUUCAAGAAAGGAAGAAAUACUCAGAGGUCAAGCAAAACUAGGCUUACCAUUACCCAAAGGACGAACACCUUCAGAAAAAGCUCUUAUAAAAAAAAUCAAGGCUACCACUUCAGUGUCAGAUAUACUAUCAACAAAACCAACUCAUGUAGCGGGGCGUCCAACUUUGCCACCGGAACAAUUUAAAAAAAUGGAUUUAGAAACCAGGAAAUCCCUAAAAGAAAGCAAAAGCCCAAGUGAUGAAUGUAUUUGCGAAUUAUUCCCUCAAAAAGUAUCACAAGACGUAUCACCAUCAGAAAAGUUGCGUAAAGCCAAAGCUGCAGGACUACUUACUCCUCUUGAUGGAAAAUCUAAGGAAGAAAAGCUAAAGAUACUAAAAAGUUUAGCGAAGCAAGGUCUUCCAUUGCCAGAAGCAAAUACUGACUCAGACCAAGAGCUUAUUGAUCGAUUCAGAGCAGAUAUUGGUCUGCCACCAGAACCAACAACAUCUGCUGAAAAAAAAAAAUACAAAAAAGCAAUGGCUGAUGGUCUUAUUACUCCUCUUGAAGGAAAAAGUGAUUCCAGAAAAGAGGAAAUACUCAGAGGUCAAGCAAAAUUAGGCUUACAAUUACCCGAAGGACGUACGCCUUCAGAAAAGGCUCUUAUAUCUAAAAUCAAAGCAGCAUCUCCCCUCAAAGGGUUACCGAAAGAAUCUAAAAUCAAAGAAACAAGCCCUCUCAGUGGUAAAACCAAGGCACAAAGAGAAAAAAUAUUAAAAGGGUUGUUAAGAGAUGGUUUGCCACUGCCACGGGCAACAACUUCUUCUGAACAAGAAGUUAUAAACAAAGUUAGAGCUGAUGUUGGUCUUCCUCCUGAACCAAAAGACAAAUUGUCUGAAGAAAAUUAUGAUAGAGCUAUGGCUGCUGGUCUUAUUACUCCUCUUGAAGGAAAGAGUGAUUCUAGGAAAGAAGAAAUACUUAGAGGUCAAGCAAAACUGGGCUUACCAUUACCAAAAGGUCGAACGCCUUCAGAAAAAGCUCUCAUAUCUAAAAUCAAAGCAGAAGCUCCUCUCAAAGGCUUACCGAAAGAACAAAAAGAAAAGAUAUUAAAAGGAUUAGUAAAAAAAGGUGUACCACUUCCAAUGGCAACAACAUCUUCUGAACAAGAUCUUAUGGACAAAGUAAGAGCUGAUUUUGGUCUUCCUCCUGAACCAAAAGACAAAUCGUUUAAAGAAAAAUAUGACAGAGCUAUGGCUGCUGGUCUUAUUACUCCUCUUGAAGGAAAAAGUGAUUCCAGAAAAGAAGAAAUACUCAGAGGUCAAGCUAAACUAGGCUUACAAUUACCCGAAGGACGUACACCUUCAGAAAAGGCUCUAAUAUCUAAAAUCAAAGCAGAAACUCCUCUUAAAGGGUUACCAAAAGAACAAAAAGAAAAGAUAUUAAAAGGAUUAGUGAAAAAAGGUGUGCCACUGCCGACGGCAACAACUUCUUCUGAACAAGACCUCAUUGACAAAAUUAGAGCUGAUGUUGGUCUUCCUCCUGAACCAAAAGACAAAUCAACUAAAGAAAAAUAUGACAGAGCUAUGGCUGCUGGUCUUAUUACUCCUCUUGAAGGGAAAAGUGAUUCCAGAAAAGAAGAAAUACUCAGAGGUCGAGCACAGCUGGGCUUACAAUUACCCGAAGGACGUACACCUUCAGAAAAAGCUCUAAUAAAAAAAAUAAAAGCUACUACUCUCUUAGGGCCUCCAGCGCUUCCACCAGAAAAAAUUGAAAAAUUAGUUGCGAAAUAUAUUCGAAAAGCUAAAUCAGGAGAACUAUUAGCAUCCUUGCAUGGAAAAAAUCCAGAGGAGAAAAAGAAAAUUUUGAAAGAUCUAGCACUGAAAGGGAUUCCUUUACCAAAAGCGAAGACUGCUUCUGAGCAGCGUAUGUUAGAUGAAAUUCAUUUUGAAGUUGGAUUACCUCCAUCGCCAAAAACAAAGCGUGACAAAGAAAUAUACAAAAAGGCUAUGGCCGCUGGCCUCAUUACACCAUUAAUAGGUAAGUCUCCAGCUAAAAAGGAAGAAAUACUUCGUGCUCAAGCCAAAUUGGGUCUACCACUCCCAGUAGGCCGAACAAAUUCUGAAAAAGCUCUUGUAUCUAAAAUUAAGAAAACUACUCAAACAGAAGCGAAACCAUCAUCGUCAAUUAAAACUAUUUCUAUGAAAAGUGGAGACACCUCAAUGAAAAAACAUGUAAAAGGCGUAGGUGUAUCUAAAUCAAAAGGUGAAAUUAUUGAAGAAUUCGAAGAUAUUGUGAAAACUACUAAGUGCGAUAGAGGGUGUGGGUGUGACAAAAAGAAAAUAAGAUUUAAGCACAGUUAUGUUAAAAUUAGAGUCACUUCGCCUGAUAUAUCAUCCUUGUGCCCCUGUCCAGAAGAGUGUGUGCCGGGUGUUAAAGGAGGUGUUUUCACUGAUAACGAUGGCAUUAAAGUUGUAAUUGGAAGAGUAAUAGGAGUACCAUGGUUAUAUAGUAGUGAAUUAAACCAAAAACGAAAACUAAAAACGAAAAGAAAAUUAAACGAUUUUACUAAAACUAUUGAUACCAAAUUAUCACCACACCUAAAUAUAUAUACAAGUUCUUUAAUGGGAACCGAUAAAAAUGUUUUGAAGGAGUAUCAAAAUCCACGAAGAACAAAGGCGUAUCCAGAAAAACCUGGCCAAAAAGUUUCAUUUGACGUUGGUUGUAAAGAAGAGGAGAGAUUAUCCGGCUUACCACCUACACCUAUAGUAAACAAAAGUCCUCCGAAAGGCCCAAAGGAAGAUGCAAGCUGCCCGUGUUCAUAUAUAUUAAAAAGUGGUAGUCCGACUGAGGAAAAGUGGCUUAAUAACGGAAAUACUAACACAAUUACGAAAGAGGACAAAACAAUUAUAAAAAAUGAAAAUAUCCAGUGCAAAUGUUCGAUGAAGCCUAAACCUGAUUUUCAAGUUACCCCAAUAAAUGAAUCACAAAUGAGAAUAUUAAAGUCAGAGUUAACGCAAUGCGUGUCAGGAUUCAAAUUAAAUGUACCUCGAAAAGCGGUUGAACCUGAAGUGAGUUUCGAAAAAAUAUUAAAAUACUACGUAGAAAAAUCCGAACAGAUUCAGUAUGAGGACAGCAAAAACGACAAAAACGAUAAAAAGAGGAAGCCAGUAUCGAAAAAGAAAAACUCUAUGGAAUGCGAAUGUCCUAAAACUGAACCAGUAAAAGGCUUUAAAUUUCAUAUCGGUGCCAAAGGCCCGAGAUCUAACGGUCUUGCUGGAAUAUUAUGUUUUCCACUUGAUAUUUCAAGAAGUACGUUUUGAAUAUUUAUUGUUUCAUGUUCACAUUUGAUUACAUUUCCAUGUGUAACUAUCUCACGUUUGUCGCUAUUUUACAUAGCUACUUAUUUUGUAUAUCUUGUA